CCCUUACCCCUUUCUCUCUUCCCAUCCACUAAAUAUACUCUCUCAGCUUCUCCCAAUCUUUCACUUCCACUCAAUACCCUCUCUUCUUUUGUUUCUAUCUCUCUCUCUCUCUCUUUCUCUCUGUCUCUGUCUCUCUCUUUCUUCUUCCUUCUUCAAAUUAGGGUUCUUCAUCAAAUUCAGCCCUAAAUUACCAAAUCUCAUAAGAUUUCUUUUAGUUUAUGAUCAAAAGGGAAAGGGAGAAAAAGAGGGUUUAGAGCUUUUCUCACACACUUGAAAGGGCAAGGAUGGCAUCAUCAAGUUCCUACAACUCUCCAUGUGCAGCUUGCAAGUUCUUGAGAAGAAAAUGCAUGCCAGGUUGCAUUUUUGCUCCUUAUUUUCCACCAGAAGAGCCUCAAAAGUUUGCCAAUGUGCAUAAAAUCUUUGGGGCUAGCAAUGUAACAAAGCUACUAAAUGAGCUUCUACCUCACCAAAGGGAGGAUGCAGUGAACUCUCUAGCCUACGAGGCUGAGGCCCGAGUUCGGGACCCAGUUUACGGUUGCGUUGGAGCAAUCUCCUUCCUCCAAAGGCAAGUCCAAAGGCUCCAAAAGGAACUCGACGCUGCGAAUGCCGACCUAAUUCGGUUCGCAUGCAACGAGAUACCUAAUGCAGGAGUGAGCCAUCAAGUGGUUCAGCCCAGCCUCGGCAGCACUCGCCCAAGGGCGGCGUUAGAUCAAUAUCACACAAGUUCAACAAGUGGAUAUUAUAAUCAUCUUCCUGCUUUUCCCAUGGCUUAUCCAUUGCCUUGGAAUGAAAACGCUUCUGGAAAUAACAUCAAUGAAGGAGGAAGAGAUGGCAAUAUUUGAAGAAAAAACUUUCCUCCAUCAAACAAACAAAAAAAAAUCCUCAAAAUAGGGUUUUUCUUUUCCAACCCUAGAGAGAAAAUUCUCUCUUCUCUGGUAUGUCACUUCCUCAUAUAUUUAUAUAUAUAUAUGUGAUGGUUUUUCUAGGUAGUUGAAUUAAUUAAUUUUUCUAGUAUUAUUAUUUAGAGGGUGAUCUUGGGAUUUAGGUUUUCUUAAACCCAAUAAUUAGCAUUUUAUUUCCCAUUUAAAAUCCAAAACAAUUUCUAUGAGAGUUCUGUUUUUUUUUUUUCUUCUUUUUUUUUUCAAUUUUUAUGAUUGUGUGUGGAAGAAAGAUUAAUUUAGGGUCUAAAAUAAGGUUGGCUAUGCAUAGGGACUAUUGUCUAUUGUGUGAGGUUCAAUUUCUAGAGAGCUCUUUCACCCUUUUCUUCUUUAAUUUGUAUCAAGAAUUUAGUACUGCCAUUGUUUAUGCUUAAGAAUAAAUGAAAAAUAAUAUUUUAUCUCA